AUGGGAAGCGAAAGUGGGUCUUCAAGUACAAUUGAGACCGUUAUGAAGAAGCAAGUGGAUCUAAAGCAGAAUAAGAGGAGUGCAGAAGAGGAUGCAAGAGAGAGAAAAGGUAGCGAAAAAGCUACCGGAACUAGAGAAGACAGAGACACGAUCCAAAAAGACAAAGAUAAAGAUAGAGAAGAGAAAAGACGUAUAGAAGAAAGCACUGGAAGAGACCUAGAAAGAGGUGAAAAAGAUACAGAAGGCAGAGUUGGGGAUACACAAGGCAGAGUUGGGAGAGAUAGAGAAGAGAAAGGCACAAUACCUGGCUCCAACGACACACAUCCAAGUGUCAAAACCAAAGUAUAUCAGACAAACAAGACAGACACACAAAAAACAGACGAUGGCCUGGCACGCCAACAAACGGACCGCAACAUUCUCGAUUCAACAGUUUGCAUCAUUGGCGCCGGCGUCGCCGGGCUCAAGGCCGCGCGCGCCCUAAUCGACAGGGGCCUUGCGCCUGAAAAAGUUGUUGUGCUCGAGGCGCAGGCGCGCGCAGGCGGGCGCAUUUUCACCGACCGCGCGCGCUCCAAACACGGCGCCGCCUACGACAUGGGCGCCGCGUGGUUCCACGAUUCGUUGACCAACAAGGUUUUCGCCGAAGAAGUAUUAUUGGCGCAAAAGAGCGGGGAUUUUUUCGACAGCACGUGGUUUGACGACGCGGAUCCCGCGUACUACGCGAGCGAGGUUUCGGGCCCGCUCGACGUUGCCGGGCUCAAACUCAACCGGGUGGUGGAAGAAAUAGAGCAGUUUGUGGAAAUCCAGUAUCGCGACAGCUUGGACGAGGAAGAUGUUUCGCUCGCGCGCGCGGCACAAAUGUACAUGGAGCGGCGCGCGCCCUUGCUUUCGGGCGAGCAGCGCCGGUUUGGCGCCAGAAUGGUGCGGACGUUGGAACUUUGGCACGGCGCGCUGCACGAGAAAAUCAGCGCGCAGCAUGCGUUUUUGGACUACGACGGGCGGCAUGUGUUCAACCGCCGCGGCUACGACACUUUGGUCGAGCGGCUCAUGCCGCCCGGGCGGGUUUUUUUGGGCGAGCCGGUGAGGGCCAUCGACCGCGACACCAACAAUAUAAAGCAUCGGCGCCACUUGGUCCAUGCCAAAAGCAUUUCUGUUGCUGCAGACUACGUUGUGGUUGCGGUUCCACACAGCAUUUUGGCGCUCCCAGAGGAACACGAGCAUGCAAUCAGGUGGACGCCGCCUCUUCCUUUGGCGGUGCGAGAGCUGUUUUCGGCGCUCCAUUUCGAUGCGCUCGGCAAGGUGGUUUUGGAGUUUUCGCAUGCAUGGUGGCCCGACAGGGAUCUGUUUGAGAUAUUGGGAGAUGAAGAUGAGGAUAGAGAAGAGAAACACGAAGAACAGAGUGGGGAUGAUAGAGGCAAGGAAGAUAGAGAUAAUGACGAUAGAGACGAAGAUAGAGACAAGGAAGAUAGAGACAAGGAAGAUAGAGACAAGGAAGAUAGAGACAGGAACAAUAGUAAUAAAGACAAUGGAGACGAGGACAGGGAAGAAAAAUCUAAAAACUACGGACACAAGACUAGCGACCUGCCUGCCACCACUUUCUCGAUCCGGCCCUUUGAGUACCCCAUUUCUGUGUCCAACUUCGCCCGCCACGGCGCGCCCGCCCUUAUUGUUUUGGUGCAGGCGCCCGUCACACAGUAUCUCGAGGCGGAUCCGGCGCGCGCAUGGCCCUACCUCAAACCCAUGCUUGCCAAACUCGCCCUGUCAACUGGACCUGACAGUAUAUCUGCCAUACCCGAUCCCAUCAACGUGAUCGUCUCGGACUGGACGCAAAACCCCUACAUCCGCGGCUCGUACUCGUCUGUCCAUGUUGGCGACGACCCGUUUGCCCAGGUUCUUCAGUUGUCGGGCGAAUACGAUCUGUGCGGGUUGGGCGCGCAACUGACGAUUCGAUUUGCGGGCGACCAUACGAUCGGCGAAGGGGCGGGCUGCGUGCAUGGGGCCUACGAAAGCGGGCGGCGCGCGGCCAGCUGGAUUUUGGACAACCUUCAGAACCGGACAAGUCUGGAAACACAGCAAUAA